AUGGCCACCGUCGGCGUCGUCCUCCUGCUCCUCCUACUUGCACCGUUCCUCGCGGCCGCCGAUAUGUUGUGCGACAACCUUAAGGCCACCUUGGUCACCCUCCCAAAUAACACCUCCUCCUCCCCGGUACGCUUCGCCACUGCCGCCUUCGGCCGAGCCCCCGACAUCGUCUACGCAUUCACGAUCUGCCGCGGCGACAUCGUCGGCGUCAUCUCCAACCAGUCCUACUGCCGCGAGUGCGUCAGCAACAUGACUGACAAGGUGUUGAACGCUGCGCCGCAGCAGUGCUACAACGGCACCUACCACGACUAUGGUGACCGCUGUAUCCUCGUCUACUCCACAGACGACAUCAUCGCGCCGCCGUCUGGCGAAAACGGCGGUGAUGACACGCCAGUCGAGAGAUGGAACGACAAGAACGUCACCGGCGAUGCGGAUGAGGUCCGCCUCAUCACCGGCCUCAUCCGUGAGCUUCUGGUGCAGACGGUGGAGAAGGCGGCCAGCGCGGCACCGAUGCGAUUUGCCACAUGCAUCAUGGACAGCGGCACGACCUUCCCGAUGGUGCGCUCCUUGGCGCAGUGCAGACCAGACGCAUCCACCGUCGACUACUUGGCGUGCCUGCGUCGUCUCCUCGGCGUGGUCAACGCCACCAUGUCCCUACGCAUGGGAGCACAGAUCAACGCCAUACGGUGUUAUUUCAGGUACGAGGUGUAUCGGUUCUAUGGCGGUGAAGCGACGCUGCGCCUCACGCCACCGCCGGCGCCGUCGCUAGCUCCGACUCCGGCAAAACGCAAGAGUAAAGCGGGAGAGGAAGAACUAGGAUGGCAAGGGAAGUAUUCAGAGUUCUCCAUGUUUGAGUUUGAACAGGUACUAGUGGCCACAAAUAAUUUUUCAGAAGAAAACAAACUUGGAGAAUGUGGCUUUGGCACUGUCUACAAGGGCCAGUUACCCGAGGGAUCAGAGAUAGCACUUAAGAGACUUGCUCCACAUUCGGGUCAAGAUGAAAAUAAAAGAGCUUUGCUAGAUUGGUCCACACUUUUAGCAAUAAUUCAAGGAAUAGCUCAUGGACUUCUUUACCUACAUAAGCACUCCCAAUUGCGCGUCAUACAUCGAGAUCUUAAACCGAGCAACAUUCUCUUGGAUAGCGAAAUGAAUCCAAAAAUUUCAGACUUUGGGCUAGCAAAAAUAUUCAACUCA